GGCUCUUGCGCGGUCUGAGAUUGUCAUCUCCCCGCAUUCACCCUCUCUUCCCCUCGAGCGUAGCACCUCUCAGACGCCGCCGCCGCACAAAUGGGACUCACGACGAUUCGCGAUAUCAUCGCCGAGCUGAACAGACAGGCUGCUGAACACCAGAACCACCGCCUCCAUCUCAUAAAGCGGAUCACGACCGACCCCACGUAUCAGCACGAGAUCAAGCGUAUUCAGCAAUCCCUCGGCUGGGACGUCUUCCACAGUGCCCCCGAUGGUUGGCGUGUCAUGCUCGAGCCCUCGUCUGACGCAGACAGCCCACACUUCAGUCCGUCGGUCAAUGCUCUCAUGAACGAGGUACAUAUGAACGAGGCAUCCCUCUCCUGCAUCCGGGCCAAGAUAGAGGCCCUCUCGACCUUCCUCGUUCCCGUCUUCCGUCUGCCGCCAGAGGUGCUCGUGCUCAUCUUCAAAGCAGGCGGGCGCAUGCCCCACGACGGCCCCGUCACCGAGUCAUCAACACCCAGGCCGUUCCCCCUCGUUGUCGCUUCGGUCUCACGACAAUGGCGCGAAAUAGCGAUCAAUACUCCCGAUCUCUGGACCAAUGUCGUGAUCAAGCAUUCUCGACCGUACGGCUGGGUCCCGCUCUGCUUACAACGGUCGAGUGGGCAACCCAUAGACAUCACGAUCGACUGCCGAUGUACAAGUCUUCUCACCGCGCCCGUAGUCGACGACUUCAUGGGAAGGCUAAUGCCGCACGUACAUCGAUGGCGUCGCUUCGCAUUGAUGACUUCUGACCCAGCAACAGUCUACACCAUCGGGCGACGGUUGGCGGACGCGCGAGCACCGGAGCUCAGACAUCUCCAACUAUCUCUGAGUGGCUCAUCGGGGAACCAGGAAGUCGUGCUGCAUGACAUCCUCCAGGGCGGUGCCGAAGCGCUCUCGUCUAUCCGCUUCGACUCGCUUGGAACACCGUGGGGCUCUGCACCGCUCAUCAACCUCACGACCAUCGACCUGCGCUGGCUCUGGCUGCGCACACGACUGCAAUAUGACCAGUUCCGGGACAUGCUGGCCGCCUCACCCCGGGUCCGUGCGCUCAUCCUUCGGGGCACGUACAUCCACCUGCACUCCGGACGCUCGUACCCGCCGGUUGCGAUCCCCACGUUGCGCUACCUCGAGCUGUCGGGCGACACAGUGUGCCGGAUGUCGUCGCUACUGUCGACGCCCGCGCUCGAGGAGCUGACGUUGGCGAACUUGGACGAGACGGAGUUCCGCGAGUUCGUGGACUCGCUCCCGGACGGCCGCGACGGCGGACGCUACCCGGCGCUGCGCGCGCUCUCGCUGCUCAACGCCAGUAUGUGCACGCCGACGCGCCGGUUCAUGCUCGCGCUGCCGACGAUCAGCCACCUGACGGUGAUCAACUCCGCGACGGCGAAGUUCCUCGAGCUCUUCCGCAAGGAGCACGCCGAGGACGGGCUGCUGAGCUGGCCGCGGCUGCGCAAGCUCACGCUCGUCGACGACGUCGACUACUUUCUGCUGUACGGGGUGGUCAAGGAGCGCCAGGCGCUGCGGCUCCCGCUCGAACGGCUGAUCCUGAACGCGCCGUUCAUCCACGACGAGUACCUCGUCUCGACCCUGGAGGAGUUUGUAGAGGUGGAUAUUGUAAAGGACGUGGAUUUGGACCAUUGAUACAUCUGUAGCUGUAUUUGUAGUGUAGCCAUCUUGUGUCAUCGUCUUGUUUCCUCCGCACUUUACUCACUAGGAUACAGGUCUCAUCAUUGGGUAGGUCGCGGCUAUGUAUGUACAUGUAUUAUGUGUCGAUAUGAGGAGCAUGCAUCAUUCUC